CUUUGCAGAAACAUGAGGGUCCCUGUGUUGCUGCUGCUGCUGCUGCUCCUGUGGGAGGCCCCCAGCCACGCGGCCUCAAGGCCCAACUUCGUCCUGCUGAUGGCCGACGACCUUGGCAUCGGAGAUCCCGGUUGCUAUGGCAACAAGACGCUCAGGACGCCCAAUAUCGAUCGGUUGGCUGAAGAAGGGGUGAAGCUCACUCACCACCUGGCAGCUUCACCCCUGUGCACACCGAGCAGGGCAGCCUUCAUGACAGGCCGGUACCCCAUCCGAUCAGGAAUGGCGUCUGAGUCCCUCAUGGGGGUGUUUAUCUUCUCCGCCUCUUCUGGAGGACUUCCCACCAGUGAGAUUACCUUUGCCAAGCUUCUCAAGAAUCAAGGCUAUUCAACAGCUCUGAUAGGCAAGUGGCAUCUUGGGACAAACUGUCACAACAAGACAGAUUUUUGUCACCAUCCCUUGAGCCACGGCUUUGACUAUUUCCACGGCAUCCCCGUGACCAACCUGCGAGACUGCAAGCCGGGGGAAGGCAGCGUCUUCACCGGGGGCGUCCGGGUGGUGGUCUUCAUCCCCUUGCAGAUUAUCGCCGUCACACUCCUCACCCUGGCAGUGCUCAGGUUCCUGGGGCUGGUGCACGUGCCCGUCGGGGUCUUUGUCUGCCUUCUGUGCCUCGCCGCCAUGAUCCUCGGCCUUCUGGUGUGCUUCCUGCAUUACUUCCGACCCCUGAACUGCUUCCUGAUGAGGAACCACGAGAUCACCCAGCAGCCCUUGUCCUACGACAACCUCAUGCAGAGGCUGACGGCCGACGCGGCCCAGUUCCUGCGACGGAACGCUGGGACGCCGUUUCUCCUGGUCUUGUCAUACCUGCACGUGCACACGGCCCUCUUCUCCUCCAAGGACUUCGCCGGCAAAAGCAAACACGGCACUUACGGCGACGCUGUUGAGGAAAUGGACUGGAGCGUUGGACAGAUCUUGAAUGUCCUAGAGGAGUUGAAACUGGCUAAUAACACCCUCGUCUACUUCACGUCGGAUCAAGGAGCCCAUGUGGAGGAGGUGAACACCAAGGGAGAAGUCCACGGAGGCAGUAACGGCAUCUAUAAAGGGGGAAAAGCAAACAACUGGGAAGGCGGUAUCCGCGUCCCCGGCAUUCUGCGCUGGCCGGGGGUGAUCCAGGCCGGGCUGGAGAUCGACGAGCCAACGAGCAACAUGGACCUGUUUCCUACGGUGGCCAACCUCGCCGGAUCGCCGCUGCCCGAGGACAGGAUCAUCGACGGACGGGACCUGAUGCCGCUGCUGCAGGGGAAGACCCAACACUCCGAUCACGAGUUUCUCUUCCAUUACUGCAACUUCUACUUAAACGCUGUGCGCUGGCGCCCUCAGAACAGCACGUCCGUCUGGAAGGCCUUCUUCUUCACGCCCAAGUUCAGCCCCGAGGGCGCCAACGGCUGCUUCUCCACGCACGUGUGUUUCUGCCACGGCCACUUUGUGACCCCGCACCACCCGCCGUUGCUCUUCGACCUGUCCAGGGACCCCGGGGAGAGAAACCCGCUGUCGCCGGCCGCGGAGCCCCGCUUCCAGGAGAUCGUCGACGCCAUGCGGCAGGCCGCGGAGCGCCACACUGAGACCCUGCAGGAGGUCCCCAACCAGCUGUCCCUGGGCAACGUCAUGUGGAAGCCGUGGCUGCAGAUGUGCUGCUCGGCCUCCGGGCUAUCCUGCCAAUGUGACCGGGAGACGGCAGCCCGGAGGGCGAGCCUCUAGGUGCCCAUCAAGGGGACGCGACAGAGGCUCGGGGCCUGCCCCGCCUCCUGCCUUGUGCACGCUCACGGGGGUGGCCCAGCGGAGAGCCGGCCCUGUCGGCACCUCACACUGGGAACCUCUCUCCAUCUCACCACCCAACAGCUC